AUUCUAUCUAUCUAUCCCUUGGGUUUGGGUUGAUAGUAUUUUUUCCAGAAAUCGUGAAGCCGAGAGAGGGAGACAGGGAAACCCUAGAGAGAGAGAGAGUGAGAGUGAGAGAGAGAAUGGAUACCAAAUCGAGCCGAAAAUCCAGAGACGAACGCGAUAGAGCCGAGGAAUCAACCAAAGAGCACAGAGAUGGAGAACACAGGCACCACCGAAGCAGCAGCAAGCACAAAUCCCGAGACGCCAAGGACGACGACGAAAAGGUCCGAUCUAAGCAUCACGAGAGGUCGCACGAAAGGGAAGGCAGCAGAGACAGGUCUCGUGAGGAUAGAGGCCACGAUCGCGACAGGAGAGAGAGGGAAGGCAGUAGGGAUCGCGUUUUGGUGGCAGAGGAGUCGCGACAUUCCAAGAGGAAGGAGAGAGGAUAUGUCGGCGAGGAUGGAACAGACAAGAGAGCUAGGGUUUCAGAUGAGAGGAAGGUUGGGAGGCGGUUUGAUGUUGAUAAGGAAUCAAACGGGGGAGAGAAGAGAGGGAUGGAUGGGAGGAGAGAGAGGAAGAGGUUCGAUGAUACGACUGCGGAUGUGAAUUCUAAGGCAGAGAAGAGAGAGAGGAGAAAGUUUGGUGAUCGAGUGAAGAAAGAAGGUAUGGAUGUUGACGAGGAGGGUGAUAAACAAGGGGGGGUGGUUGUUGAUGAGAGAAAGGUGAAGAGUGAACCCAAAGAUGAAAUGUUUGAUUAUGAUCAGGUUGAUGCUGCUGAUGCCCCCAACGGGACUGUUGUGGCAUCUAGGAAACUACCUGAGACAUCUUUGGCCCCUGGCCAUUCCACUCCUACCAAGGUAUAUUCGAUUUCUACCACAAAUGAAAAUAAGGGGGUUAAUAUUACCGGGUCUCAUGAGGUUCCUGGAAAAUCUAGUACAGAUGGGACUUCUUCAGCUGGAAAAAGUGGAAAUUUCUCUAUUGAUGCUUUAGCAAAAGCCAAGAAGGUUUUGCAAAUGAAAAAGGAGUUGGAAGAGAAGAUGAAGAAACUUCCUUUGUCAAAUAAGGGUGUGAGCUCAGGAGGUAUCCCGCAAGUGGGGUCAAAGGAGGGUCUUAAGGCCCCAUCCUCUAGCUCUGGAUUACUUCCUACACCUGUGAUUGCAUCCACUUUACCUUCUGCUGCUGCUGCAGCUUCUGCAAAUCCUACUGCAAGUAUCUUGCCUCCUGAAGCUGGGCUUACAGUGCCCAAUGUGGAAGCUGUAAAACGUGCUCAAGAACUUGCUGCCAAGAUGGGAUUUUGGCAAGACCCGCAGUUUGCUCCUCUUAUAAACAUGUUUCCAGGACAGAUGCCACCAGAGGUUACCUUCCAACCAAAGCCUGCCAAGGCCCCUGUUCUUCGUUUGGAUGCACAGGGUAGGGAAGUAGAUGAGCAUGGGAAUGUGGUGAAUACAACUAAAGUAACCAACUUGAGCACCCUGAAGGUGAACAUUAACAAGCAGAAGAAAGAAGCAUUCCAAAUUCUUAAACCUGAAUUGGAUGUGGACCCAGAAAAGAAUCCUCACUUCGACCCCAGGAUGGGUAUCGAUUCAAAAAAGCUGUUACGGCCCAAGAGAUCAAGUUUUCAGUUUGUGGAGGAAGGCAAAUGGUCAAAAGACGCAGAGAUCGUUAAAUUGAAGAGUCAAUUUGGAGAAGCACAAGCGAAGGAGCUAAAGCUAAAGCAGGCACAACUGGCAAAGGCAAAGGCUGAGCCUGAUAUAAAUCCUAACCUAAUAGAGGUAUCAGAGAGGGUUAUCAUCAAAGAGAAGCCAAAGGAACAAAUUCCUGACAUAGAGUGGUGGGAUCAGCCUCUUUUGCAUUCCAGUGCUUAUGGUGACAUCACUGAGGGUAUCAUAGCUGAAGACAAACUGAGGACUGAGAAGAUCACUAUCUAUGUGGAACACCCCCGACCUAUUGAGCCCCCAGCUGAACCUGCUCCCCCACCACCUCAACCCCUGAAACUAACCAAGAAGGAGCAGAAGAAACUCCGUACGCAGCGGCGUCUGGUUAGGGAAAAGGACAGGCAGGAAAUGAUUAGACAAGGCCUGUUAGAACCCCCAAAACCAAAAGUCAAAAUGAGCAAUCUCAUGAAGGUUCUUGGUUCUGAAGCGACUCAAGACCCCACAAGGCUUGAAAUGGAAAUCAGGAGUGCAGCUGCCGAGCGCGAACAAGCCCACAUAGACAGGAACAUCGCACGGAAGCUCACUCCUGAUGAGCGCCGAGAAAAGAAAGAGAGGAAGCUCUUUGAUGAUCCAAACACGGCAGAGACCAUAGUUUCCGUGUACAAGGUCAACAGUCUUUCGCAUCCUCAGACCCGCUUCAAGGUCGAUGUUAAUGCACAAGAGAACCGGUUGACGGGGUGUGCUGUGAUUGCAGACGGCAUCAGCGUUGUGUUGGUUGAAGGUGGGAUGAAAUCGAUUAAAAGGUAUGGGAAGCUGAUGCUUAAUCGUAUCGAUUGGGCUUCUGCUGUGAAAAAAGAGGAUGAGGAGGGCAAUGAGGAUGAAGACAAACCCGUGAACAAGUGUUUGUUAGUAUGGCAAGGAAGUGUUGCUAAACCCAGCUUCCAUAGGUUCUCUGUUCACGAGUGCAGGACUGAGGCUGCUGCCCGUAAAGUAUUUUCUGAUGCUGGGGUUGGUCACUAUUGGGAUCUUUCUGUUAACUUCACGGAGGACCAGAUGUAAUUGAAGGUUCUAUCUGCGGAAGCAAUCCCAAACUCAUGGGUGGAUCGAUGUGUUGUUUGAGCUGCUUUGGGUCCAAUUUGUUUAGAUCCAAUGGUGGGGUAAGUUGCUUUGCUGUACUGCCAGUUAUUUGAUGUUAGGCUCAUAUGAGGGACGGAACAGCUAAUACUGCUUAUUCUUAGCAAAAUAAUGCCGUUUCAGGUAGUUGGAUUCCGUUUGCCCAUUUUCUGGACCAAUCUAAUCUAGGGCCAGACUAAAAAUUUGCAUUAGUUGCAUGAACUUUUCAACCCAGUUUGAUGCUAUAUGUAUGGUCAUUCCAAUGCUUUCGACUCUU